AUGUCCCCGAUAGUUCAUGUUAUAGAUGUUGAAAGCGGAAAUUUACAAUCGCUAACUAAUGCAAUUGAAUAUUUAGGUUAUGACGUUCACUUGAUUAAGAAACCAGAGCAACUUUCCCAGGAAGUUAAGAAAUUGAUUCUUCCUGGUGUAGGAAAUUAUGGUCAUUUUGUGAACAACUUAUUCAGUCGUGGCUUCCAGAAGCCAAUUUCGGACUAUAUAUCAUCUGGUAGACCAAUUAUGGGUAUAUGUGUCGGUUUACAGGCUUUAUUUCAUGGUUCUACGGAAUCACCAGAAAGUGGAGGAUUAGAUUAUGUCGAUUUCAUUAAAUUAACCAAAUUUGAUGACAAUGAUACCAAUAAACCAGUACCAGAAAUAGGUUGGAAUAGCGUUGAUGGGGAAAGUGGAGACCUGUUUUAUGGACUGGAUCCAUUUAGACGUUAUUAUUUUGUUCAUUCGUAUGCAGCCUUGCUGGAUGCCGAUAAUGAAAAUAGACUCAGAAACGAAGGUUGGUCAAUUGCGAAGGCAAAAUACGGUAAUGAACAGUUUGUCGCUGCUCUCUCAAGAGGUAAUAUUUUCGCUACACAGUUUCAUCCAGAAAAAUCGGGUAAAGCAGGUCUAAUUGUCAUACGAAACUUCUUGGAAAAAAAUUUUCAGCCAACAUCCAGAACUUAUACUAAGGAAGAAAGGGACCAGUAUAUCAAUGAUUAUACUAAUUAUGGCUUGACUAGACGAAUAAUAGCGUGUUUAGAUGUCCGUUCUAAUGACCAAGGAGAUCUUGUAGUUACCAAGGGUGACCAAUAUAAUGUACGUGACGAAUCCAAAGAUAAAAAUGUCAGAAAUUUGGGAAAGCCAGUGGAGUUGGCACAAAAAUAUUUUCAGCAAGGUGCUGACGAGAUCACCUUUUUAAACAUUACAUCUUUUAGAGAUUGUCCUUUGAGGGAUGCUCCAAUGUUAGAGGUUCUAAAAUUAGCUGCGAAGACUAUAUUUGUCCCAUUAACAGUAGGUGGUGGUAUUAAGGAUAUUGUAGAUGUGGAUGGUUCUGUAAUACCUGCUAUGGAAGUUGCAGGCCUUUAUUUCAGAGCAGGAGCCGAUAAAGUUUCCAUUGGUACUGAUGCAGUUUAUGCAGCAGAAAAAUUUUACCAACUAGGUGGGCGUGGUGAUGGAAGCUCUCCAAUUGAAACUAUUUCCGCGGCUUACGGUGCACAAGCUGUUGUUAUUUCAGUGGAUCCAAGGAGAAUUUACGUUGAUAACGAAAUGGAUACAACAAAUAAGACCAUUAAAACAAAAUUCCCAGAUUCCGAAGGUCGUACCUUAUGCUGGUACCAGUGUACUACUAAAGGUGGUAGAGAAUCAAGUGAUUUAGGUGUAUGGGAGUUAACUAAAGCCUGCGAACAGUUAGGUGCCGGUGAAAUUUUACUAAACUGCAUUGACAAAGAUGGUUCAAAUUCUGGAUACGACCUUGAAUUAAUUGACCAUGUCAAAAAAGCAGUACGCAUUCCGGUCAUAGCAUCUAGCGGUGCAGGGACUCCAGCACACUUCCAGGAAGCAUUCACUCAAACAAGAGCGGAUGCAUGUCUGGGAGCAGGCAUAUUUCACAGAGGUGACUACACAGUUAACGAUGUUAAAAAAUAUUUGUUGAAAGGAGGCUUCAAGGUUAGAAUGGAUCUUGACGAAUAA